UACACAUUAUCAACAGCUAUACACGUACUGGAAAGAUAAGCAAUCAGCAAUAAAAAAUAAGUCGUUUGUUUUUAACGUGUUUCGUGAAAUCAAACUCCUAUGUGACAUGUUCCACGAGUUGACAGUGUGUGGAUAAUGAAGACACAGCGGGGUUAGUUCUGGAGUUUGCUUUGGAGUUUGGCGGAGAAGUUCACCUUUGAAGACCACAAGACAACUGCGCGUAAUUGAACAAGAGCCACAAAUUAGGAAGAUGCAUUUUCAAAUUGAAUGGAACAGAGGUGUUCUGCGCUCUCUACUUCUCCUGGCACUGUUGACUGCAGCGCCUGGGUCCCAGGUGCGAGCAGGGAGAGGUCGGAGGUUGGAGGUCAGAUUGGGUACCCAGAUUGGUCGUCAGGCUGUCGUGACGGAGUGGGGGUCGUGGGGUCAGUGGAGUGGCUGCUCCAGCACUUGUGGGGAAGGGGUCUCCUUCAGAACUUGGACCUGUAUCAGGUUUUCAGAUGGACAGCGAUGUCCAGACGAGCAGCGACAGUACAGAGUGUGUUCUCAGCAGCCAUGCUCAUCCAACGCAGGGGAUUUCCGUGCGAUGCAGUGUUCCCUUUACAAUAGGAAGCCGAUACUGGGCAACGGGGAUCACUACCAGUGGGUGCCCUUCCUUGGAGCCCCGAAUCCCUGUGACCUGCACUGCUUGGCAGAUGGACACAAUUUCUACUACACCUUCGGGAGGGCUCUUGAUGGAACGUCCUGCCACCCCCAGGCUGAGGGGGUCUGUGUCAACGGGGGCUGUCUGGUGGCGGGUUGUGACGGGGUCCUGGGCUCCGGCUCGCGGAGGGAUGUGUGCGCAGUUUGCGGCGGCCGGAACGACUCCUGCUACCUGGAGCGUCGCGUGUUCCAAGGCAGGCUUCCCUCCCCCGGUUUCUUUGGGUACAUUAACGUGACUCGGAUCCCAGCAGGGGCCACGAGCAUCAGAGUGACCGACAGCAGCCGGAAUUACCUGGCGGUGCUGGCUGCUGACCGCCGUUAUCUGCUCAAUGGGGAUUGGUUGAUCGAUGCCCCCGGGGUGUACGCUGGUGCCGGGACCACACUGCAUUAUCGCCGCUCUUACGAGAACCACGAGACCCUGGAGGCUGAGGGGCCCACUGCAGAGGAGCUACACAUCCUGGUUCUGCUGCAGGAGCAGGCCCCUUCGAUUGAGUAUGAGUUCUGGCUGCCUCGCGGUCGCUAUGGUGAUUUCAGUAGCAUGUCCAGCCCCUUGCGGCAGGCCGAGGGUGCAGUGAUGGAGGGACCGGCGUCACCAGUCAGUGCGGCUCGUGGACAGACCAGCCUUCAAACCCCAGGGAUCCCCUACAGCCUACUUCCAGCAACCCAGACAAGCAAGCCCAGACUCCACAUGCAGAAAGAAACAGACACCAGCAGCAGAACUCACUUUAGUGACUCUGCACAGCACACAGGUACCUGUGGAGUGUGCCGGGCAGCCAAGGGCAAGAGCAGACGAGCACAGCUGUACUGCAGCAGUGAUUUUGUGUUCCGGGUGAAGAUCCUGUCUCGUGUGGUCCAGGGCUCAGAGACGCGCUUGGAGGUGCAGGUGAAGCAGACCUACAAGAACCGCUUUGGGCUGGUGCACCGCGAGUUCGUGUGGCUCCCUGACGCCUGCGCCUGCCCCCCUGUGCUGGAGCACCGGGAGUACGUGCUGAUGGCUGUUCAGCAUGUCAAUCACGAGCGAACGCUCAACCGUAUCCUGGUGCCGAGCCACGGCUACGCCCGGCUGUGGAGCCCCAGGGAGGACCGGCUGCUCAGGGAGCUGGACGGUCACUGCCGGUAG